CGGCAUAUCCGGCUAGUUGAGACGCACUUCCGGGGGAGAGCGAAGAAAGCAGGGAGCAGAAAGAGGUUUCUUUCUUAGCGUGUCCCCAAAGACCCGCCAACCAUGGAUUUCCAACAUAGAGCUGGUGGGAAGACUGGCAGCGGAGGAGUUGCCUCUGCAUCCGAGAGUAACCGAGAUAGAAGGGAACGUCUCAGGCAGCUGGCAUUGGAGACAAUUGAUAUCAACAAGGAUCCCUAUUUUAUGAAGAAUCACUUGGGUUCAUAUGAAUGCAAGCUGUGUCUUACUCUGCACAAUAAUGAGGGAAGUUAUCUGGCACAUACACAAGGAAAAAAGCAUCAGACCAAUUUGGCUCGACGGGCAGCAAAAGAAGCUAAAGAAGCCCCUGCACAACCAGCCCCUGAAAAGGUUAAAGUUGAAGUGAAAAAGUUUGUGAAGAUUGGACGCCCUGGUUAUAAAGUGACAAAGCAAAGGGACUCAGAAAGUGCCCAGCAGUCUCUGCUCUUCCAGAUUGACUAUCCAGAGAUAGCAGAGAGCAUCAUGCCUAGACACCGAUUUAUGUCCGCUUAUGAGCAGAGAAUUGAACCCCCAGAUAGGCGUUGGCAAUACCUUCUAAUGGCAGCAGAACCCUAUGAAACCAUUGCAUUUAAGGUUCCGAGCAGGGAGAUUGAUAAAGUGGAAGGAAAAUUCUGGACACAUUGGAACAGAGAAACUAAACAGUUCUUCUUACAGUUUCACUUUAAGAUGGAGAAACCACCACCUGUAGCCAGCAUAGCCCCUGCACCUCCUGGUAUUAAACGGCCCCCGCCACCUCUGUUGAAUGGAAUGCCACCUCGACCACCCCUUCCAGAAAACAUGCCUCCUCCACCUCCAGGUGGAAUGCCAUUACCUCCUAUACCACCUCCUGGUGCACCAGCUCCCCAAGUGCCACCACCUCAACUUCCUCCUGCUCCUGGAGUGCCACCUCCUGGUGUACCGCCUCCUGUGCCACCUCCAUCCUUACCACCUCCGGGUGUUCCACCUCCUGGUGUACCACCGCCACCACCUAAUCCUUCUGUUCCUCCACCUGGGGUACCUCCACCAGGAAUUCCUCCCCCAGGAAUACCUCCACCAGGGGUACCUCCACCACCAACACCUGGAGUCCCUCCUCCUCCAGCUCCAGGUGUGCCUCCUCCAGCACCUGGGGUUCUCCCACCUGGACCCAUGCCCCCAAUGAUGAGGCCCCCUCUGCCAAGUGAAGGACCAACAAAUAUCCCACCACCACCUCCAACAAAUUGAGUCUAUAUGUGUUCUUGACUAUUUUUCAGAAUUUUUUUGUAGGAUAUUUUGUUUUUUGAUCAUUUAAUAAAUUGAUGAUGGU